AUGACCCAUCGCGGAGGCUCGAGAAGCCACGACCGCACAACGGCGCUGCUCGCCCAUGACUUGGCCCGCACGGGCAAGACCGAGAGCCUCUUCAAUCUCAUCGCCAACACCGGCGCCGGGCUGGUGGUGCGCAGCAGCGCCGAGGGCCAGACGCUGGUGGCCACCGCCGCCGAGCACGGCCAGCUGGCCGUGGUGAAGGGCCUGCUCCGGCGCCAUCGCGAGUGGAUCGACCUCAAUGCGCAGGACGACCACGGGUGGACCGCCCUCCACUACGCCGCCGCUUUCCCGCCACACCUCCGCGCGGCGUUCGAGCAGCUCCACGCUCAACAGCACGACGACCCGGAGAGUAGGAAGAAGAAGAAGAAGACGAAUAGUAUGAUCAUGAAGAAGAAGAAGAAGGAGACGGUGGACAUGAAUGCCGUGGGAGGGCCAAUGGCGACACAGGUCACCACGCGGGCCGUGCUUCGGAGUUACUUUGACCGUGACCAGGACUCGGUGGUGGACUUGUCGGAGCUAGAGGACCAGGCCAAGCGGCUGGAGAAGACCAAGCUGCGGCUGGUUCAGAUCCUGCUCGAGGCCGGAGCCGACCCCAACAUCGCCUCGCUGUCCGAGGGCCUCACGCCCUUCCACGUGGCCGACACCGAGGCCCUCGCCCUGCGACUCCUUACGGCCGAGGGCCUCGAUCGGUCCGUUCGUUCCAAGCGAGGCGAGUCUCUGCUGCAUGUGGCCAGCAAGCGAGGCUACGAGAGGGCGGUCCGUGAGCUGCUGUCGCGGCCAGUGCCCGAUGUGCGCUUGCGUACCUUCGGGGACACGGCCGGCAUGUCGGCGCGCGAUGUGGCCGCCAGCAAGACCAUCGCCGCGCUCCUCCUCGCGAAAGAGGAGGAGAUCAAGGACGCCAGCUCUGGCGUGGCGAUGGUGCCCCUACGCGGCUGCGCACGGCCCAAUAUCGUGUGGAAGACGCCACUCGCCAAGAACGCAGAGCGCUCGGUCUCGUUCUCGGUCAGCGAGAGCCCCAGGACCCUCCUCGAGCUGCACCUCAAGCAGCGCGCCAGCACCUGUCCCGAUCUCUCCGCCGCCUACGAAGGCUACUUCUCAAGAAGUAGUAGCAGUGGUGGUAGUGAGGAAGAAGAGGAUUUGGAAGAACUCUACGCGCUCAUCAUGGAGUAUGGAUCGCCGCCAGCGGUGGCCACCCGCUCGCCCACCUCUUCCCCCUCCAAGGUUGUGCGAGGCAAAGUGGUCCCCUCCCUCUCCCACAAGCUCUCCCAAUCCGCUUCAUCAUCAUCUCCCUCUUCAUCAUCAUCGUCAUCAUCUUCUUCAUUAUCUUCAUCAUCGGGUGGCGUGAGCUUCGCCGCCAGCACCAGCUUCCUGGCCUCGCCGUCGGCCUUGUCGCCCCGCCGGCGCCGCGCCGCAACGCCACAUAUCCCCCCCUCACGGGCCGUGACCCAGCCGCCGACCACCGCCGCCGCCUCGCCGCCCGAGUCGCCUCAGAGCCACCGCCACGACUCGUCCACGACCCAGACCACCAGUAGCCCCUUCAAGCAGCCGUUUGCUCCUGCCGCCUCGCCGCGCGGCCCGCUCUCGCCCUCAUCGAUGGCAAUCCACCGACGAACCUACUCGCUGGGCGGAGAAGUCACUUCACCUUCUUCUUCUUCUUCUUCUUCAUCAUCAUCUUCUUCUUCAUCAUCUUUUUCAUCUUCAUCUUCAUCUUCGCCAAGAUCUUCUUCUUCGUCUCCGUUUCCCGCCACGCCAUUGUCGCCGUCGCGUUCCUCUCCCUCGCAGCCGCCCGAGCGCAUCGAAAACCUCAGAAGACUCAUGCUAAUCAUUCUCGACGACAUGAUGUCUUGGGUGCGGGUGGUGGAAGUCGAAACGGAGGGCGCACGCACAGCCGAAGACAUCGCCCGACAGCGAGAGGACUGUAUCAGUCUCAUGCAGAUCAAAACCGUGUUGGAGGCAUUCCCGACCGGUUCGACGCUGUACAACCCCAAGAAGUACGCCUACCGGCCCAGCGACCCGACGUCGGCCGACUACCAGCGGCUGGUCAACUUUUGGAUGAGCACCGACUUUGUGCUGUGGGAGGUCCGCACCAAGGUCACCAUCAUCAAGAAGUACAUCCUCAUCGCCGGCUCGUGGAACAAGCUGCUCGCCGUCGGGCAAACGCUGAACAAGCUGCGCAGCUACUUUCCGGGGGCAGAGCGGCCCGACGGGGUGCGGGUCGGUUCGCCGCGCCCGGGCGAGACCGAAUCGCCGCGCCUGUCCUCCUCCCCGACCACCACCUCGCCGUCGCCCCUGUCGUCCCCCUCCCCCCGCGCCGUCUCCUCGUCGACGUCAUCGUCGGCGUCGCCGCGCACCACCGCGUCACCUUCGCCGUCGCCGAGAGUACCCGGCGGCGGCCACCAGCGCCAGUCGUCGCUCGGCGGACCCCCGCGUUCGGCCGCAAUCGUCGCCGGCGCGGGUGCCUCUCCCGCGCCCGCCAAGUCCGCCCUCUCCGCGUCGUCGCCCGCCCAACCCAGCCCGGCUGCCGGUGGUGGCGGCGGCGACACUGAACGGCGCAUCGUGCGCAAGCAGAACAGUGGCGGCCUGGUCAGCGCCGGCAACAACAGCAACAACGGCGGCGGCGGCGCGGGCGGGCUGCAUUCGCCGUCGCGCCGGCGGCUCACCCACCUGUUCGACGACCCGUUGAGCGUCGACGGCGGUGACCACAGCAGCGGGAGCAGCGGGGAGAGCGUGGAGAGCGUGCCGCUCACCUCGGAGGACCCCGAGGAGGCCGAACGCCGGCGACAGCAGUACAUCCAACGCGACAAGACCAUCAACAAACUCACCAAGGGCGCGGGCAUAUCAAAGAAUCGGGCGGAUCGAUUCAAGGAUCUGCUGCGGGAGAUGCAGCUCGACGGCGACGCGUCGGCGUUUGCCGGGGGCAUCGUCGCGCUGGCAAUUGCGAAGAAGUCGCGCGUGGAGCGACUGCGCGGCGCCGGCGCGCAGCAGCGACCGUACCACGCCGGGCCGAUGAUGCUCUUCUCCAAGAGCUGGAAGAAGAUGUGGUGCACCGUCAGCGAACACGGCCUCAAGCUGUACCCCACCGCCAAGUGCGACAAGUUGGCGAGGGAGGUGAUGAUCGGGGAGAUCGUGUGCAUCGGGCACCAGGACAAGGUGGCCAAGGAGGGCCAGCAGGACUACAUCGAACUGUCGCUCGUGUGCGAGUCGCAGCUGUGCCUCGCCGCGCCCACGCCCGCCGACAACAUAAAAUGGAUCCUCGCCAUCGACGGCAUGAAGGACCGCUCCAUCCUCACCACCGCACAAAAGCUGUCUCUUUUGCGUGCGCGACACUUUAUCGGGGUGCGCGGUGGGUCGAUUAAGUCAGCGGACGACGAGGAAUGGAUCUACAACGGCAAGACAGGUGAGUUGAGUAUCUUGGACGGACUGCUAUGGGAGGGCAGGAAGGUGGAGGUGAGCUACACCUGGAAUGGUCAGACCUUGGUGCCCACCCGAGUCGCAGCAGAUGGCACCUUUGCCGACGAGACCGAAGCCCAGCGUAUUCGACAGUCCGGCUUCGGCUCCGGCGUGUGGGACGGGGUGACGCUGAUCUGGCAUCGCGACGGAGGAGCCAACAUGCGGCUGCAGGACUUCUCGCUGAUGCAGGCCGACUUCACCUACCUGUGGGACGAGCAGGAGCGCGAGUUCGUCAACGACGAGAGCGUGGACCGCCACUGGAAGUUCUCGCGCCAUUUCCUCGCCUCCAAGUCCAACCACGGCCACUGGAUCGUCGAGGGCGACAUACCCGAACCCGUGGUGAUGGGUCUGCAGCUGAUGCGCUACACUCGCCUGGGCGUUCCUGCCUCCCAGUAG